AUGGGACGACCGUUCAGAGUUCUGCUGGUCUUCAGUCUCGUGUUGGUCUUCAGUCUAGUGUUGGCCACUAACAAUCAAGUGACUCUUCAAGAAACAAACCAUUUCCUCUUCCCUGCUCCUGGAGACAACAUCACUCUGCCCUGUUUUAACAAAGAUGACAAAGAGUUUGAAUCAACGUAUUAUUGUUUUCACCCAUUCUUCUUUGCAGACAAAUCCGUGAAAGGUGCCGCAGCUAAGACAAAGGAUGUUCCCAAACGUCUGCAGUACAAGGCCACAGAGCAGGUGAACAGAAGGAGACAGUCACAUGACACAUGGAGCGAGUGCGUCUACUUCAGUGUGGAGCAGUGA